AGAAUGGGCCAGACAAAUACAAAUCCACGUCAAAACCGCACUCUGACCUCCCCUUCCCUUUUUCAUUCAUCAAUUCUCCCCAAUUUCCAUUUCUAGAGAGAGAAACAUACCUUCUUUAGAGAAAGAAAGUCGUUAUUAUUCGAUCUUCUUCUUCGCAACCAAAAAUUUAGGCCUUCUCGCUGUUCGAUCGAUUGCAAGCUUCUCGUUACUUCAUCAUCCUUCAUCAUUCAUUUGUGAGCUAAGAGAAUGAAGGCAAGGUCAUCAUCGUUGAAUCCAUACGCUACUUCAUACAUCCCACUCUCUAGAAGAGGAGCAACCGACGAAAGCAAAACCUAUGAUCACGGGAAUGCUACACUAAACCAGUCACCAAGAUAUUCCGAGAAUCACGAUACCGUGCCCGAGAGUCCCCAUAGCUUGAAACUCAAGAACCAUUCCGGUUUCGGUUCUUACGGUUCCUCAUCACAUACCGCAGAGUUAGCCGGAAAACAGGCUCUGGAUAUCGAUCAUGACAUGAAUUUGGCGUAUCUUCAGAUGGUUUUUCCCGGUGUUUCUGAUGAGUCUCUUUCUAGUGUCUAUACUGCAUGCAACGGUGAUAUUGAAGCUGCAGUUGAAAUGCUGAGUCAACUUGAGCUGCAUAGCGGUGAUUUCACAGAGAAUCUUCCGGAUUCUCUAGAUAUCGGUGAUGUAUCAGAAGCGGGAUCAUCUAGUGAAGGCGGAUCUCAAAAACUGAAGAAGGUGGUUGUUGCUGAAGGCAGUUGGUGGAACCACACACCGUCUCCGAAGUAAAAACCUACAAAUGUUAUACUUUCUAUGGCGUUAACCGUUUCUGUGUAUAUUUCUGGUGAAUUUUGGGAAAACUCUCGGUUAUACAAGUAGAGAAAUAUAGAGUUGCUUUGAUUGUUUGUAUAGAUUGUGAGAUUGUUGCUUGUGUUGGAAAUUGUUUUUGGCAAUGUGGUGGGUCGGUAAGGAAAGUUCUUAGUAAUGCAAGUAAACUGUGCCGUUUUCGUUAAAAUUGAAGUCGGUUUCUCAUA